AAGAUUUCGUCGGAAUCGAUUCCGGCUAGCUCCGAAAAGUUCUGGAAUCGAUUCCGGAUAGUAGAUCCGGAACCAGUGUCCGGAAUUGGUUCCGGAAUCGGACCCGGCAUCGAAAUUGGCUCCGAAAUCAGAAUCGGUUUUGAAACGGAGUCGGUUUCGGCAUCUCCAUACGAGUAGACGUUUAGGUCCAAUGAUGCAACGUAUUGAUAGCCGCAAAGAAUCCAAAUUUACUAGUAAACGAUCCACUCUCAUGGAGAUUUCCGGACUGAUUUUGCUUCUGAAACUUCUUAUUUCAAUUCAAGAACUGAUUCUCAUUUCGGAGCUAAUUUCUGGAGUCAAUCUUGAUUCCGUUACCGAAGCAAAUUGUGAUCCCUAGGUCGGUACCGAUUCCUGAGCUGAUUGUGAUUCCGGAGCCGAUUCUAAUUCCGGAUUCGGAGUAGACCCUGGAAUCGGCUCUAGAGUCAACUCCGGAAUCGGAUUCGGAAUCGACUUCGGAAUCAACUUCGGAAUCGGAUUCGGAUUCGGCUACGGAGUCAACUCGGGAAUCGGCUACGGAGUCAACUCCGGAAUCGGUUACGAAUUCAACUCCGGAGUCAUCUCAGUAAUCGGCUACGGAGUCAACUCCGGAAUCGGUUACGAAUUCAACUCCGGAGUCAUCUCCGGAAUCAGCUGCGGAGUCAACUCCGGAAUUGACACCGUAAUCGACUCCGGAAACGGAAUCGAUUCCAGCAUCGCAAUCGGCUUCGGAAUUGAAUCCUAACACGGAAUCGGAAUCGGGUAGAUCCGAUUCCGAGCUCCCACCACAAGUCAGAAUCGAUUGGUCCGUUUUCAUCGAUUUCCAAUAGCUCCUUCUGUUGCGGACUAACCUUGUGUUUUUUUUUUUGUUUGCCACAUCAAACGAGCACGUGGCUCGGAUCCUGGCGCCCACACCAGUGUGCCGCUGGCAAUGCAACGAACGGCAUCGAAAGGUACGGUCCAGAGCCCGGUCUGUCUGGUGCAGGGCCGGGCACGGAUCGUCGACGAUGCUGCCCCGCUGCACUACGUGGGCCACUGGGACGGUCUGGGACGGGCGACGCUAUCGAACAACGGUCAGUCCGCCGUGCUAACGCUGAGCGAGCGUCCCUUCCGGCCGUUCCUGGUCGGGGGCCCGCUCGGCAGCGCGUACCUGUUCGAGCAGCUCCACUUCCACUGGGGCCCGGACGAUGCGGUGGGCAGCGAGCAUCUGCUCGACGGUCGGGCCCACUCGAUGGAGGCUCACCUCGUCCACUACAACGCCCGGUACGGCAGCUUCGGCGCGGCGCUGGCCCACCCGGACGGGCUGGCGGUCGUGGCGCUGUGGCUCGAUGGCGGUAGUAGCGCCGUGUGGCGCCCGCUGCAGCCGAUCGUGCGCGCGCUGCGCCACAUCCGGCGGCCGGGCACGCGGACCACCGCCCUACCCGCCGACUGUUUGCGCUGGCUGGCCGCCGGGCUGGAGCUCGGGCGGCAUUACUACACGUACGACGGGUCGAUGACGACGGCCCCGUACCGGGAGUGCGUCCGCUGGCUCAUCUACCGCACGCCGGUCUACGUUUCCCCCCGGCAGACUGCCGCCUUUCGCCGGCUGCUGCGCCGCUGCCCGGCCCGACCCGGCGGCGAUCGUUUCGCUCCGAUCACCAGCAAUUUCCGCCCGGUCCAGCGAUCGGCCGCCGGUGGCGAUCCGCUCGGCUUGGUCUUUGUGCGGGACAGUGUGGGCGCGGCCCGGCGCGCCAAACUUUAGUUCGGAGCA